ACACCACACAGAAGCGCACGCCACUCGUCUCACCGGCCACCGCAUAUAUAAUCCAGGCCCUCCAAAGUCCAAACCCUAGUGUCUACCGGGUUCUUCCCUGCCGCCGCCGCGUUCUCCACGUCGACUCGCCUCCGCCGUCGCCAUGGGGAGGAGACCAGCAAGAUGCUACCGCCAGAUCAAGAACAAGCCAUACCCGAAGUCAAGGUACUGCCGUGGUGUCCCUGACCCCAAGAUCAGGAUCUAUGAUGUUGGGAUGAAGAAGAAGGGAGUGGAUGAGUUCCCCUUCUGCGUCCACCUGGUGAGUUGGGAGAAGGAGAAUGUUUCCAGUGAGGCUCUUGAGGCUGCCCGCAUUGCUUGCAACAAGUACAUGACCAAGAGUGCCGGGAAGGAUGCCUUCCACCUGAGGGUGAGGGUCCACCCAUUCCAUGUCCUUCGUAUCAACAAGAUGCUUUCAUGUGCUGGGGCUGAUCGGCUCCAGACUGGAAUGAGGGGUGCUUUUGGCAAGCCCCAGGGUACCUGCGCUCGUGUGGACAUUGGUCAGGUCCUCCUUUCUGUGCGCUGCAAGGAAAGCAAUGCUAAUCAUGCUGAAGAAGCCCUCCGCCGUGCCAAAUUCAAGUUCCCUGGCCGCCAAAAGAUCAUCCGCAGCAGGAAGUGGGGUUUUACCAAGUUCACCCGUGCUGAGUAUCUGAAGUACAAGAGCGAGGGUAGGAUUGCACCUGAUGGUGUCAAUGCUAAGCUGCUCGGUGUUCAUGGUCCCCUCUCUAAGCGUGCCCCGGGGAAGGCAUUCCUUGCAGAGAACAUUCAAGCGUCUGCGUAGACUUAUCCUUCUGCCAAUUGGAACUCCAGAUAUUCAGGAUAUUCUGCUUAGUCUAAUUUUCUAUGCUAGAACUUUGUUAAUGGCUAUUGCUUGCAGCAUGAUCUACUUGUGUAGCCCAGUUUCAUAUGGUGGUUAAAUAUUCAUAAUAGAUUGUUUGAACCCUUACUAUGUAAUCCUUGUUAACAAGUCUACAUCCUGCUCAUUUGAGUGGAUAUGGUUGGUUCUGUCAAGUUA